CGUCGGUGUUUUUACGUCCACACGUACGUUGUCACGACGAUAAUCACGUUUAUCGGAUCAUGUCUCGCAACAUCUCAAUUGUCGGCAUCAUCACCGUGUUGGAUUCAUUCAUUUGCCAGAUCUGAAAGAUUGAAAAUCGUCAGUAUGGGAAGUGCACCGAAAACUAAUUCAGCCGUCCUUCAAUUCCGUGGCUCUCAAGUCUUUCGUCAAAACAUUUGCCACUCUGUCAGGGACUCUGGCCAAAAAGAUGGAGCAACACUUGGACGGAUCGGAAUUCGAAGUACGCAAAUACGUUUCGCUGUGUGCAUUGGACGCAAUCUGUGCGACAGCUAUGGGCAUCAACCUGAAAGCAAUGGAGACCGAGAAAUGUGAGUUCGACGAAGCAGUAACUAAGUUGAUACAUAAUAUGAUCAAACGAGCCAUUAGCCCUUGGCUGUACCCAGACUUCAUUUUCAACCGUACUCAACUUGGCACGGACCAAAGGAAACACAUUAAGUUUAUACAAGAGUUUGGUAUCAACGUCAUCCGACAGAAGAAAGCAACAAUAGUCCGUCGUAGUGAUGAAGGAGUAUCGGCCGAUGAUGAACAAGAUUCUUUUGGCAAGUACCACACAAUCCAGAUAUAGUCUUACAGUACCACGAUAGAGUUUCUGUUCCAU